ACUGGCGUUGAAAUAUAUAAAAAUCAAUAAAGUCGGUCAAAGGUACCACGUCACAGCCCGUAGCGGCUUGCUGAAGUAUGCCCAGUAGCUUGUUAUUUGCCACAAACAGUGAAGGUCGCGUUUAUACUCUCUCCACGAAUUCUUCAUCAUGGCGAGAAUUUCCAUAUGUUGGCUUGGAGUUCAAAAAAAUCUCCACAGUGCCAAAUUUCAUGUGGGCGAUUGGUGGCGACCGACAAGUUUAUGUGCAUGUACAUGGCCUGGAUGUUCCUAUACGUGUUAAAGAAGAAUCUUAUGAAAAUGAACGUUGGAUACCAAUUGAAGGUUUUUCAAAAAUGCUACUACCUACAGAUCGUUACAAGUACUCAUCAUCUGAUGGUAGUGCUGAGCGAAGUAUUGAUAAAAUACGUUUACCUUCGAUGGCUUGGCAAUGGGACGGAGAUUGGCAUCUUGAUUUAGACCUGGAUGGACAAACUUUAGACGAAGGUUGGAUGUAUGCGCUAGAUUUUCCCGCAACAUACAGUGCAAAAUGCUCUUGGAACUCAUAUGUCAGACGUAGAAAAUGGAUACGCUUCCGUCGGUAUAGCGCAUUGAAUACUUGGUGUGCUGUUGCACCGCUGCAUAAAGAUCCAACACAAGAACCUUUUAUUGACGUUUCUAUUGGUGGCAAUAAUGUACCUAAUGCACCGGCAGACACACUAAUUGUUUGGGCUAUUACAGCACAUGGCAGGGCUAUGUUUCGUACUGGCGUAAAUACAACAGCACCGGAAGGUUUGCGGUGGACAGCCAUAAGCACACCUGCAGGUUGUGAGCUAACACAAAUAAGCGUGGGAUCAACAGGUCUCGUUUGGGCUGUGCUGCAUAAUGGUCGAGUACUAGUGCGUUCGGGUGUAACACGUGACAAUUUGUGUGGUGAAACUUGGUUAGAUGUAAAACCACCUACACCCUCCCAAACUACAGAUACUUCAAAUGGUUUGAAAAUUGUGCAAGUUUCAGUGGGUACCGAUACAGUUUGGUGUGUAACAAAUGACCAUCAUGUUUGGUUUAGACGUGGCAUUAAAGGUGAUGCUGCGGGUAUAAGUGAAGAUGCUGCAAUAGGAAGUGGUUGGGUAGAAAUGGUUGGAAAUAUCUCCAUGGUCUCAGUUUCUCCAAACGAUCAGGUGUUCGCUGUUGGUGCUACUGAUCGCAAGAUUUUAUUCCGCGCCGGAGUUUCUGCUUCAGACCCAACUGGUAAAAAGUGGCGUCAAUUACAAUGCCCAAUGCAAAUCAGUCGCACUUCCAGUUCUAUGUCUAUAGUAUCGCGCAAAAGCGGUAGUGGCUCAACGCCAGGUUCCAAAACACAAAGUUUUUCAAAUUUGUAUACCAAAGAAAAAGAGAAGGGAGUUGUCGAAACUUGUGCUAUUAUCGAAAAUUUACCGCAUAGUCCAGCAUCUACUAGUAGUGGUGGAUACUCGGCACAAACAAGACUUAAGAAUGACGGAUAUCACAGUGAAAUGAAGGCAAUGGCUAUACCAGCAUCAGCUUCAGCAUCAGCAUCAGCAACCGCAACGGCAACAGUAAUAGCAACGGACGUUAAUGGCACAAUAACGGCAACCUUGACUCCAACAACAGCGGCUGAGGUAGCAUUUGCAUUAGUGGCAGCAGUCGCCGAGGAAGAGGCAGAAGCAGACGCAGAGGCGGAGUUGUAUACGCCUACAUUUGUAACUUCCUACAAUUUAAUAACAAAUGGCACAGAACUAGCACAGUCCACACUAACAGAGAUUUCACUAAAGGAUUUCGAUUUACGUGUCGAACUGCAGUCAGCACAAGCCCAACUGUCAGAAGCAUUAUUAAUGCCGUGCGUAGUCAAAUUACCGCAGUCUCAGCUGCAGUCAAACGGAAUAUAA